AUGGCUAAUCAACCAUACAACUAUGCAUACAUCUUCAAGUACAUUAUAAUUGGUGACAUGGGAGUAGGGAAGUCGUGUUUGUUACAUCAGUUCACGGAAAAGAAGUGUAAGUUUGUUUUUAUUUUUAGCUGAUUGUAAAUUUAGUUAUGGCUGAUUGUCCACAUACGAUUGGAGUUGAAUUUGGUACGAAAAUAAUCGAAGUUAAUGGUCAGAAGAUUAAACUUCAGAUCUGGGAUACUGCUGGACAGGAAAGGUAAUAUUGGUGUUGGUAUGGGGAAGUAGAUGAUAAUAUAGUAUAGUAGAGAAGUGUGGGUAAAAGUAGUGUUUUAUCUGCGAGAUAUGUAAAGGAAAAGCUAAUUUUCGAUGAAUAAAACAAUAAUUUAGAUAUUAUAGUAGCUUUUAGCUAAAAUGUAUUGAAUUGUUCAUUUUAAAAAGGGUAUUCCUACUUUUAUCUUUUAGAUUCCGCGCAGUAACCCGUUCGUAUUACCGAGGAGCAGCUGGUGCUCUCAUGGUGUACGAUGUGACAAGGCGAUCGACGUACAAUCACUUAAGUUCGUGGCUAGCUGAUGCUAAAAACUUGACAAAUCCAAAUACGGUUAUCUUUUUAAUUGGAAACAAAUCCGAUAUGGACGCCCAACGAGAUGUAACAUACGAAGAAGCGAAAGCAUUUGCUGAUGAAAAUGGGUUAUUGUUCAUGGAGUGCUCGGCUAAAACGUAAGAAAACUUGAAUUCAGUUACAGUAGUAUAUUAUAAGUCAAUAGUUUCUAUUCUUAUUUUUCUUUUAAUAUUAAUUUUUGAGAAGAGUUUUGUUGUAAAACACUUAAAAUGUAAUGUUGAUCAUGUUUUACAAGGAAAGUGUCAAUAGGUGUACCUAACGCCCAGACAUGUGAUACAGCUCAAAAAAAUUCUGUGAUCGUCCUGAUUAAGAAUCCGUUUUCAAAAGUUGCUAAAUUUUUGUUUCGACCGAGUUAUGGUCGUUUAAAGUUUGCACUGUUUUCCUAUAAAUUUUUCAAAACGGCCAUGAAGAGAAACGAACGAAAAGAGAAGCGUGAUCAGGUGGCCGAAUGGAUAAAGCGUUAUCCUUCGGUGACGCUGCCGCAGGUUCGAAUCUCACUGCGUGCGAACUCUUUUUGCUUUUUAUCAGAUUAUAAAAAGUGCUCCAAAAGCACCACUAAGGUCACAAUAAACUUUUAUAAUUUUAGGGUACUAGAUUUUUUAACGUUAUUUGUCAAUAAAUUGCAUAAUAAUGUUUUAUGUUCUAAAAACACAAAGUAAUAAUUUAAAAAUUUUUGAAGAUAUUUUACUUAUUUAAAUCAAAGGUAUUUUAGUACUUUUUAAAAAUAAAAAUUAUUUUUUGAUUUAUUAUAUGACUAUACAUAGGUUAUCACUUGGAAUAUGUGUAUAACUUAUAUUUUUUGAAAAUAUUUUCAAAAACAAAACUUUUUUAGAAUAAUUAAGCUAUAGUGUAACUUUAGUGGUGCUUUUGGAGCACUUUUUAUAAUCAGACAAAAAGUAAAAAAGAGUUUGCACGCAGUGAGAUUCGAACCUGCGGCAGCGUCACCGAAGGAUAACGCUUUAUCCAUUCGGCCACCUGAUCACGCUUCUCUUUUCGUUCGUUUCUCUUCAUGACCGUUUCGAGAAAUUUAUAGGAAAACAGUGCAAACUUUAAACGACCAUAACUCGGUCGAAACAAAAAUUUAGCAAUUUUUGAAAACGGAUUCUCAAUCAGGACGAUCACAGAAUUUUUUUGAGCUGUAUCACAUGUCUGGGCGUUAGGUACACCUUUUGACACUUUCCUUGUUAGUAUUGUCUAUAAAGAUUUUAUAUAAUGUAGGUAAAAUACGUUGAAAUGUGCGUGUACAUGAGGAUGGAUUAGAAAGUAUUGCUUAAUUUGUGUUUACGUUUUUAUUAUUUUUAUGUUUCAGAGGAGAAAACGUUGAAGACGCAUUCUUAGAAACGGCCAAGAGAAUCUUCCAAAACAUUCAAGACGGAAGGUAAGUAAUUUUGUUUAUUUGAUUGAAAAUUUAGGUGACAUAGCGAUAAUAUUAAUGAUUUGAUGAAAGCUGGUCUGUACGAGAAGAUCAAAAAGUUAUGCUGUUUUCGGACUAAAAAAUGUUUUAAACUUUUAACGAGGGAGGCAAGCAGGUUUGAACAUCGGACAGGGCAUUGACGGUUUUCUUUAUUUUCCUUCCUUUCUGAAUAUACUUGCCCGGUACAGGGUAUUUCAGUGGCCCUGCCUUGUGUUCAAUCCAGAGUAACCUUUUGAAGAUUUUAAUGAUUUUUGGAUUUUAUGGUUAAGUAAAUGGGCAAAAAAAUUAGUUUACAUUUCUAUAGUUUAAUUUUUUGAUUUUUUAUUGGAAUUUUGAUUUGUAUUUUAGAUUUUUUACGAGGCUUAAGACUAGAAAAACAUCUUUCAAGCCGAAUAAAUUAUAUAUCCGCUUCGAAAGUCUUUUUUAUAAAAUAAAAUUUCAGCCUGGAUCUAAACCAAGCCGACACUGGAGUUCAGCCUAAGCAACAACUAACUGCUCGGAAUGGAAACACGCCUCAAGGAGAAAACAAACAGUGCAAUUGUUAG